GCCCGUUCUUGCGACGGGGCGUCAACUCCAACGAACGGCGAGCAAGCUGAGGUGAAGAAGGAUCCAGCCUGCUCUUCCCAGCCCAAGUGACCUCACUAUUACCACCACUCCAUUGGGGGAAGCAGAAUAGUGCCGUGAGAAAGCGCCAAGGGGGAAGAAAAAAGAGCCAGCCCUUUUUGAUGGACCAUGCCUAACUAAGGCUUGAUUUUCCCGCUGCCGAGCAUGGCUUCUUCACCACUGCUGUCCCGGACGGCAACUGCUGUCCUGCGGCGCCCGUCGUCGCUCCGCGCAGCACAAACACAAUGGGUGCGCUACUCCAGCGCGUCGGCCCGCUCCGAGCGCUCUCGCAACCGCACCUUCGCCUUCCUGGGCGUCUUCGCCGCUUCCACUGCCAUUGCUGUGUGGGCCUAUCCGCGCUUCUUCCUGGCAGGGCAGCAGCAGCAACAGGAGCAGCAGCAGCAGCAGCAGCACCGGCAGCCGGAGCCGCCAAACGCCGAAAUGACCGAGAUGGUCUUCGAGAAGCCGCGGAAAAAGGCCGCGUCUAAGGAAGAGAACCGCGAUCUGGUCAGCUCCCAGCACCUGCAGGUGAAGCGGAGCUGGGAGCAUCCCGGUGUCUAUGCCUGGGGCUCCAAUGCCGGCAGGGUGGCCGCCCCGGACUCCAGCGAGGCAGUUGUCAAGACUCCCCGCCGGAUCCCCUAUUUUGACGGCCAGAUUCUGCGCGACCUGAAGCUGGACCGCGACUUUGGCGCCGCUGUCACCGAGAACGGCGAUCUCGUGCAGUGGGGCGUCGCCUUCGACAAGGAUGCUGUUGCUCCGACUACCACCCUGAAAGGCAAGAACAUCACGAAGAUUGCUGUCUCGCGGGACCGCAUAGUUGCGCUCUCGUCCAACGGUGACGUCUACUCGAUUCCCGUCGCCAAGUCGGACCAGGCCUAUGGUGAGAAGCUGACCAGCAAGUCCUGGUUUCCCUUCUGGUCUUCCGAGACAUCGCCCAUCAGCUAUCGGUCGUUGAAGCCCGCGAAUCUCGGAUGGGGAGAGAAGGUCGUUGACGUCAAGAGCGGGCUGGAGCACUGCCUGCUUCUGACCUCAAGUGGCCGCGUGUUCUCGGCCGCGUCGAGCUCCCAGGACUUCCCGUCCAAGGGGCAGCUAGGCGUGCCAGGCCUGACUUGGCAGACGCGACCUGCUGGCCCCUACGAUCAGCCGCACGAGGUGACAGGCCUGCGCGGAUUCAAGAUCAAAGAGAUUGCCGCUGGCGACUUCCACUCGCUAGCUCUCGACCGCGAGGGGCGCGUGUUCUCCUUUGGCGACAACGCCGCCGGCCAGCUGGGCUUCGAGCCAGAUAUGGAGGCUACCUACGUGGACCGCCCUUCGCUGCUCCCCGUCGGCAAGCUUUACAAAGGGACAAACCUCGUGCCCAAGGUCACCUCCAUCGCCGCCGGCGGGCUGAACAGCUUCUUCACGGUCGACGCCACCAAGACCCAGAGCCAGAUCCCCAGUGAGCUCGGCAGGACCGUGGCCGACACGUGGGCGUGCGGUGCCGGCAUCUACGGCAGCCUCGGCACGGGCAAGUGGACGCACAUCUCGGCCGCGCCGACCAAGAUCAAGGCGCUGUCGAACCUGUACGAGUAUGACGAUGCGGCGAACCGCAUCAUCCCGAUCCGGGUGGCGCGCCUCGCCGUCGGCAGCACGCACGCGUGCGCCGUGCUGGGCAACUUGACGCACCUGACCGCGUCGAGCAAGACGCCGGCCACCGACACCAACUUCGGCGCCGACGUGCUCUGGUGGGGCGGCAACGAGCACUACCAGCUGGGCACGGGCAAGCGGAACAACGUCAACUCGCCCGUCUACAUCGGCCCGCUGGACGGCGGGCAGGCCGACGCCGAGAUGGGUAGGAAGGGGGAGGUGCAGCGGUUCCAGAUCACGCCCCGGACGAAGGUGCGCCUGGGCGAGGGCGGCAAGGGCCGGGUGGCGAACGUCGAGCAGAGGGUCGAGUGCGGGCGCUAUGUCUCAGCGGUGUACUCUGCGGCUUGACAGCCGACGCGAAUCACGAUUUUCUCUUGGCUAUGGGGCGGUAGGGCGCAUACGUGUUUUGACCUGUAUAAUGUACAAAUUGGGGUCCUUUUUUUUUCGCUUCUCCAUGUAUAUAUAGCAUAUAAGCAGUGAAGAGGAGGGACUGUGUAGGGGA